GAAUCCUCCAGGCCGCGCGCACAGCAGUGUGGAGCCGGUGGGGCCGCUCUGUCAGGAGGAAGGCGGAGGGUGACCCGAUAUAGGACGACAAUGCCGAAUUUCUGCGCCGCCCCCAAUUGCACCCGCAAGAGCACGCAGUCUGACCUGGCCUUCUUCCGCUUUCCCCGGGACCCCGGCAGAUGCCAGAAGUGGGUUGAGAACUGUCGUCGGUCUGAUUUAGAAGAUAAAACCUCCGAUCAGCUCAACAAGCACUAUAGACUAUGUGCUCAGCACUUUGAAGACUCCAUGAUCUGCCGCAGUAGCCCGUAUAGGACGGUACUACGAGAAAACGCUAUCCCUACAAUUUUUGAUCUGACAAGUCACCUGGGGAACCCAGGCAGACAAAGGAAGAGGAUAAAAGAACUGAGUGAAGAAGAAAUAAGGACAAUAAAAGAGCGAAAACUGGAUGCAGUUGUGCCUGAACAAGACAACCAUCAAACAAACAACAAUGACGUGGACGUAGAAAUUGUGGAAAUAGACCAGAAUGAUGACAACAUGGCACUGACGACAGAGGAAAAAGAGCACAAAGACUACAUCAGAUCGUUGUUUGAGACUGUGUUGCUCAUGGGCAAGCAGAACGUAUCUUUGGAGGGUCGAAACUGCAAAGUUCCCGAAGGGAUUUUUACCCCUGACAACUUCCAGGCUCUUCUUGAGUACCGUAUAAAUUCUGGGGAUGACGUCCUCAGAAGGCGAUUUGAAAUGCUUGCUGUAAACCAGGAAUACUGUUCUCGACUCCAGCAAGAGCAGAUCUUGGAAGUAUGUGAGAGUUGCAUAAGGGAAGAAGUGCUUCGUGAAGUAUGGAACUCCCAGUUCUUCUCCAUAAUGUGUGAAGAUGCUGUGGAUUUAGCAGGAGAGGAACAAAUUCCUGUUUUCAUAAGACAUACUGAUAACACGUACAACCUACGAGAAGAGUUUAUUGGGUUCCUCCCUUGCGUUGCGGAUCCUGAGGUCUUGGCUAUCAACUUCCUUUUAACUCUUACAGAGAAAUGGGGCUUGAAUAUGGAAUACUGUCGUGGACUGUCUUGCAACGCUUCCCGCAAAUAUUCUGCUAAAAUGAAAGUCGUUACUUCACGGUUGCUACAGAAGUACCCCACAAGCCACUUAUACUCUUAGUUCUUCUUGUGCCUUGAAUUUCUGGCUGUCAAAAUCCACACCCGUCCCUGGAGUAUCUGUAGUACUGGGCAUCUUGGAUGAUAUUUGUUUCUUUUUCAACAGCUCUUCUCAACUGCAGGAGGAGAUGAAAAAUACUAUCACUUCACUUUUUCAGGACAAUAUAGAAAAGGGUUCUGAACUUAUGGAGGUCUUAAAUUCAGACUGGGCAAGCAGACACGAUGCUUUUGAGAUUAUAGUGACACUCCUUCAUUCGCUGAUUGUCUGCUUGGACAAAAUAGCUUGUGAUAGCAGCUGUCGGUGGGAUGCCAAGAUCAGCAGCCAUGCAUUUAUCCUCUCAAGUGCCUUGACUGAUUUUGAUUUUGUGGUUACUGUUGUGAUUUUGAAAAAUGCUCUCUCUUUCACUCGGGCUUUUGGAAAGAACUUGCAGGGCACAGCGUCUUAUGUGUUCUCUGCCGCCAACAGCCUAACAGCGGUGUUGCACGCUUUGAAUGAGGUGUUGGACAACAUCGAAGUUUACCAUGAGUUCUGGUUUGAGGAGGCCACUAAUCUGUCUGGCAAACUACAUAUCCCAGUAAAACUCCCAGGCCAAUUCCGAGAAUGCAGCACAGCCAACUUGCAGCAUGACCUGAUUUCUGAAAACUUUUACAAAGAUGCUCUUAGCAUACCCACAAUCCAGCAUAUCAUUCAGGGGUUGAAGGACAUUUUUUCAGAACAACACAUUAAGGCCCUUAAAUGUUUAUCGUUGGUUCCCGCUGUGAUGAGCCAACUGAAAUUCAGCACCAGCGAGGAACACAAUGCUGAUAAGUACAAAAGUGACCUUCCCAACCCAGACACCCUUUCCGCGGAACUUCACUGUUGGCGAGUCAAAUGGAAACAUCGAGGCAAAGAUGUUGAACUUCCUGCCAACAUCUUUGAGUCCCUUCAGUUGCCUGAUAUAAAGUUUUUCCCAAACGUUCAAGCUGUCCUGAAAAUUUUAAGUGUUCUGCCCAUCAUCACAAUGGAAAGCAAGUGUGAACCAAGCAGAAACCGUUUGAGUUUCUACAUAGAGAAAACGCCAAGAGAACAGCGUUCAAGCCACCUGGCCUUUCUAAACGUAAACUAUGACACAAAACAUGACUUGGAUUUAAUGGUGGACACAUAUUUGAAAGCAGUAGAGAGUAAAGACAAACUUGAUUCCAUCCCACCGCACACAGAUAUUGCAGAGGAAGUUUGA